AUGGCAGCCUCUAUAGCUUUAGCCAUUAUUACACUUUGUCUCUCUUGUUUAGUCUCCACGGAUGCUGCCUCCAAACGUAGCCAGGGCUUUAGUGUUGAACUAAUUAGUAGAGAUUCACCAAACUCUCCCUUCUACAACCCGGAAGAAACUCCCACUCAACGCUUGGCUAAUGCUCUUCGUCGAUCGAUAAGCCGUGUCCAUCAUUUUAAUCCCGAAAGUCAUGUAUCGCGCAAAACUGUACAGUCUGAGAUAUUCUCAAUCCGGGGGGAGUAUCUCAUGAGAAUUUCACUUGGCACACCCCCUUUUGAUAUUCUAGCCAUUGCUGACACAGGCAGUGACCUUAUAUGGACACAAUGCGAGCCCUGCAGUGAAACAUGUUAUCAACAAGAUGCUCCUCUUUUUAAUCCAAAUUCUUCCUCAACUUAUAGAGACUUUUCCUGCUCUUCAAGACAAUGUAAAAGAGUGAGUGGAAGCGAAGAAUGCGAUAGUGAUGGGAUUUGCCAUUAUUCAUAUUCUUAUGGAGACCGUUCCUUCACUCAUGGAAAUAUUGCUGCUGAUACCAUCACCUUGGGUUCUACAAGUGGCCGUCCUGUGUCUCUCCCUAAUUCUGUAUUUGGUUGUGGACAAAACAAUCAAGGAACCUUUGGUCCCCAAGGCACAGGCAUUGUUGGCCUUGGAGGGGGCUCCAUUUCCCUUAUUUCUCAACUGGGUUCUACCAUUGGCGGCAAAUUUUCCUACUGUUUGGUGCCAUUCUUCUCCACAACAGGAAACUCGAGCAAGUUGAAUUUUGGAAGCAAUGGGGUGGUUUCAGGAGCGGGAGUCCAAUCCACCCCAUUAACCCGCAAAAGCCCUGACACCUUCUACUUUCUGACACUGGAGGCUAUAAGUGUUGGAAACAAAAGAAUAAAAUUUUCUGGUUCUACCUUUGGAACCACUAAGGGAAACAUUAUUAUUGAUUCUGGAACCACAUUGACGUUAGUCCCAGAAGACUUCUUCUCAGAUUUGGCUUCAGCAGUAGAAAGUGUAAUCCGUGGACAACGCGUCAAUGACCCCACCAACACUCUCAGUCUCUGUUAUAGAGUUCAAUCUAAUCUAAAUAUUCCUAUACUGACAGCCCAUUUCAAAGGUGCAAAUGUGAAGCUGCGAUCUAUAAACACAUUUGUUCAAGUUUCUGAAGAUGUUACUUGUUUUUCUUUUGCACCUAUUAGUGACGGUGCAAUAUUUGGGAACUUGGCACAGAUGAACUUCUUGGUAGGAUAUGACCUUGAAGGGAAUACCGUGUCCUUCAAGCCAAGUGACUGCUCCAAGGAGUAA